AAGAAGAAUACAAAAGAGGGCAGGGAAAAGAAGAGGGAAAUUUCCAUCUCGCCGUUCCACCCAGUUUUAGCGACAACACAUCUUCUCUCCCAAUCCGCACACCUCUCUGGAGACCCAACCCUCAACACACUUUUUUUUUUCCUCGUGAUUUCUGCCCCAUCUCCCCCUACGGCCCGCCCUCACGCCAACGCUCUCGCCCACUACCGCCCGCCGCACCACUCGUCCGCAUAGCCCAACAUGUCCGUCCCGGCCUUCGCUGAUAUCUCCAAGUCGGCAAAUGACUUGCUGAGCAAGGACUUCUACCACCUCUCGUCCGGCACCAUCGAGGUCAAGAGCAACACCCCCAACAAUGUCGCCUUCAAAGUCACCGGCAAGAGCAGCCACGAGAAGGCCACUAGCGGUGCUAUCGAGGGAAAAUACACGGACAAGUCGCUCGGUAAAUCCACCCGCACCGCGAAAGCCGCCGAGACGGACGCCCGCAAGCGUGUCCGCCCGUCCGCGCUUUCGCUUUCAUCAUCCCUCACCGGAAUCGCGGUGCCAGGACCGCGCGUCUGGCCCCUCGAGUUCAGCAUCGUCCUAAGUCGGCACGGCUCAACAUUGCUAACUAUGUACCGACGCGCAGGUCUCACUCUGACCCAGACCUGGAACACGGCCAACGCUCUCGACACCAAGGUCGAGCUUGCUGACUCGCUCGCCAAGGGCCUCAAGGCCGAGACCGUCUUCUCCUUCCUGCCAGCCAGCCAGAAGAAGGGCGUGAAGCUCAACCUGACCUUCAAGCAAUCCGCCUUCCACGGCCGCGCCUUCUUCGAUCUGCUCAAGGGCCCCACCGCCAACGUCGACGCCGUCAUCGGCCACGAGGGCUUCAUCGCCGGCGCCUCCGCCGGCUACGAUGUCCAGAAGGCUGCCGUCACCGGCUACAGCGCCGCCGUCGGCUACCUCGCCCCCCAGUACAGCGCCGCCGUCACCGCCACCGACAACCUGAGCAUCUUCGCCGCCAGCUAUUACCACAAAGUUAAUAGCCAGGUCGAAGCCGGCGCCAAGGCCACCUGGAACUCCAAGAGCGGCAACACUGUCGGCCUCGAGGUCGCCAGCAAGUACCGCCUAGACCCUGUCUCCUUUGCCAAGGCCAAGAUCAACGACCGUGGCGUCGCCGCCAUCGCAUACAACGUCCUGCUCCGCCCUGGUGUCACCUUGGGUCUCGGUGCCUCCUUCGAUACCCAGAAGCUCGAGCAAGCCACCCACAAGGUUGGCGCCAGCUUCACCUUUGAGAGCUAGAUUAUGACCUCACGUGCUAGAAAGGCAGAUGACAAUUAAACAUCCGCCCCGGAAUUUUUUUACGUUCUAGACGAUAGAAGUAGGAUGAAGAAAAUAUUCCCCGGGGGUUGCAUCCCAACGAUAUACCCCCCCAAUGCUUUUUUUCAUCAUAAUGAUCGCCGUUUGCAACUUAGAAAAAGCAGCAGCAGCAGCAGCACCUAAAGAUGUGCCGGAAGCAGUGAAAAGCUGAAGCCGAAUCCUAAGGGGCGCAAUGAAGA